AUGACAACGCCGAGCAAAACGCCGCCCGGUGCCGACCCGAAGCAGCUGGAGCGAACUGGUACCGUUCGGGAGAUCGGCUCGCAGGCGGUUUGGUCGCUGUCCUCCUGCAAACCUGGGUUCGGCGUAGACCAGUUGAGGGACGACAAUUUAGAGACGUACUGGCAGUCAGAUGGAUCUCAACCUCACCUGGUCAACAUCCAGUUCCGGAGGAGGACUACGGUGAAGAUGGUGUGCAUUUACGCUGACUACAAGUCGGACGAGAGCUACACGCCUAGCAAGAUCUCCGUCAGAGUGGGGGACAACUUCCACGACCUGCAUGAAGUCAGGCAACUGGAGAUGGUUGAACCCAGCGGCUGGAUUCACGUGUCGCUGGUAAACCAGCGAACCAGCGAGCCCGUGCGCACCUUCAUGAUCCAGAUCGCCGUUCUGGCCAACCACCAGAACGGCCGAGACACGCACAUGAGGCAAAUCAAAGUGUACACGCCGGUGCAGGAGCGUUCCAUAGGAAUGUUCCCGCCGUGCACCACUGUGGAAUUCAUGAUGUACCGAACCAUCAGAUGA